GCCAUGUCGGAGGAAGAAGAGGCGAUCAUCGAGGCCGAAGAGGUCAUUCGGUGCCAGAGGGUCUUUGUGAACCAGCUGGACUCAUACGGGGGCCGCAACAUUGGGAAAUAUUUGUCCACCUGUGUGAUUGGAGCAUCUCUGGAAGAAGUAGCAGAAGAAGAGGAAGAAGAAGAUGAAAGUAGAUCAAUUGGUGAACUUUCACCUGCUAAACCAAAGGAAGGACUAUACCAAAUAGUGGGAACAGUUUCACAGGCAGAGAGUGAGAAACCAGAUUUUGCUCAGGAAAUAUAUAUCACUCCUUCUCGAGAUGAGCUACUGAGCCGCAUAGCAGAGUGUGAUGUCAUUAUUUAUAACAUCACUGAAGAUGAAAGCCAGAUUGCAGAAGCAAUCUGGGCAGCUACAGCACUGCAUGAAGAGAUGAAACAAUUUGAGAAACAGAAAGUGUUCAUUCUGCUAUCAACAAUCAUGACCUGGGCACGAAGCAAACCUCUUGAUCCGGAUGAUCCAGAAAUACCUUUCACCGAAGAAGACUAUCGCCGAAGAAAACCUCACUCUAACUUUAUGGAACAUAUUAAUGCUGAAAAAGUUAUUCUCAAACUUGGGAAAACGAACAAAAACAAAUUUAGUACAUACGUUGUUGCUUCUGGCGUUCAGUAUGGACAGGAAGAAAGAAUUCUGCACUACUUUUUUAAGUUAUCUUGGCUCGGUGAGACUCCUGCAAUACCAUUUUUUGGUGACGGAAAAAAUUUUGUCCCAACAAUUCACAUUCUUGACUUGGCAGCAGUGUUACAGAAUAUAGCAGAUCACAGGCCAAGGGUUCAUUACCUUGUUGCAGUGGACGACUCAAUACAAACGCUGAGUGAAAUCGUCAAGUGCAUCAGCAGAAACCUUGGACCAGGAAAAACACAGAAGGUCCCAAAAGAAAACGCUUUCCUAAGUAAAGAUUUAACACAACUGCAGCUGGAUGAACUGCUUGUGAAUCUGCGAAUGGAAGCUGUGUUCUUGAAAGAGAAUUUCAACAUUAAAUGGGAGGCUCAGAGUGGACUCGUGGAGAGUAUCGAGCAAGUUGUUGCAGAGUACAAGCAAAGUCGAGGGUUACUGCCUGUCAAAAUCUGUAUCCUUGGCCCUCCAGGAGUAGGGAAGACAUCCAUUGCAGAAAAGCUUUGCAAACACUACAAGCUGCACCACAUUAAAAUAAAGGACGUGAUUGCUAAAGCCAUAGAAAAUCUGGAGAAAAUUCUUGCUCCUAAAGAAAUUGAAUCACCUGAAAUGGAAGAGGAGGAGGAAGAGGAAGAAGAGGGAGAAGAAGAAGAUGGAGAUAAUCUAGAAGAAAUUCAGGAAUUAUUAGACGCAGUUAAAGAAAACAUGGAGCAAAAUGGAGGUCGCCUGGAUGACAGCUAUGUGAUUAAGUUCAUGAAGGAAAUGCUGACGUCUAUGCCGUGUAAGAAUCAAGGGUAUGUUUUAGAUGGGUUUCCAAAGUCCUAUGACCAGGCAAAGGAUCUUUUUAACUUGGAAGAGGAAGAAGAAGAAGAUGAUAUGAAAGGCAAGAUACAUCACUAUGACAAAAUGAUAAUUCCUGACCAUAUUGUUUUCUUGAAUGCCUCUGACGACUUCCUCAAGAACCGAAUAAUGAAUCUUCCUGAAAUUGUUGUUGCUGGAACCCAUUAUGCUCAGGACCGGUAUUUGAGAGCCCUGAGCAUUUUCCGAGAGAUAAAUGUUGAAGAUGAAACUAUCCUCAACUAUUUUGAUGAACUAGAAAUACACCCACAGCAUAUUGAUGUAUCAAAGUUUGAAGAUGUGGAAAACAGAUUUAUAGUGAAGGAAAUCAUCAAGGAUGUUGGCAACCCUCGAAAUUAUGGUUUGACAGAUGAAGAAAAGGAAGAACUCGAACGGAAUCAAGCUGAAGAACGUCUUCGCAAAGAAGCUCAAGAAAAAGCUGAACUGGAACGAAAAGAAGCUGAGGAAAGGGCUCAGAAACUGGCAAACUGGGAGGACUGGAAUAAACGUUUAGAAGAAGUGAAGCGGCAGGAACAGGAGCUUCUGGAAGCUCAGUCCAUCCCCUUGAGAAACUAUUUAAUGAAGCACGUCAUGCCCACGCUGAUGCAAGGGCUGAACGUAUGCUGCAUGGUCAGACCAGACGACCCAGUGGAUUUUCUGGCAGAAUAUCUCUUCAAGAAUAAUCCUGAAUUUGACUAAGAAGUGCGCCAAUGCAUUUGCAUUAAAAGCCAUAAUGACACCAUACUAUAUUCCUUUAUAAACUAUUAUUAUUGUAAAAUGGGGGGGGGCGUGAUGAUGAAAUAAAAGAUUGCAUGAUGGUAUCUGCAGUUUCUUUUCAGAUCAAUUCAAUCUUCCUCAAAAAAGUACAGUGAUAGCAGAUCCAGAGAAGCUCAUCAGGAAUCCGAUGACCUGAAAGGGUCUCUUGCCCCUUUAAGCCCAAUGUUGCCUUUUUAGGAAUUUAUAGGAAUUGAACACCCGCAUGGGAUGUGAUGCAAGAUUUGCUGUUCAGGAAUAAAAGUCACAUCAGAUGGCAUCCCAUGAGCAUGUGCAAAGGAGCAUUCAGAUCAGGCCAAAAUUAACAAGAAAAUGCUCAAGAAAUCACUUUUUAAAAUACAUGCAUGUAUCCUUCAGCACUGUCUAGGACACCUCCUUGGUACUGAGCAAUGGCAUUCCUUGCCUGUUGUUUUUUAAUCCAUUUGGCUUUUCUAAUGUCCACAACAACUAGUCUGAUUUCACAGUAGAGGUGAGAAGAAUUUCACAUAAAGUGUUGUGAUGUUUACAUUUAAAGAACAAGAUACUGUUAUGCAUCUUGGGGUAGUUUCAAAGAUGUUUUUUGGCAGUUUGGCAAAGUACUGUGAUCUCUAAUUUUAGGUGCACAUGGAGCAAUAUGGGCAGGAAUCAAGAGCAGGUGGAGGGAUUUAAACCAAUGCAUAGGCAUUCAGGGAAGGGUCAAAAUCCCUUUCUUCCAUACUCCUUCUUCAUUGUAAAUCAUCCACUCUGAAUGUGUUUUUUUCUUUAAAAAACUGAUUGGGUUUAGUUAUAUAUAUAUAUAUUUGCAUGUAAUGUAUAAUUAAACACUAAAGUAGAAGAACAUCAGGACAAUAGAGUUGCUGUGCCAAAUCACAUCAGAGGUCCUUCUAGCAUUAGAAACAGAAUGCUACAUUGGGUAAGAAGUUGCGUUUGAGAAAGCCACAGACAGGACAUGAUAGUAACAUUCACCCUCUAUUUGCACCCAGAAUCUGGUAAUUCAAAGUGCAUUGCCUCAGAAAAUGGAAGUUUCAGUUAAGUUUGCAAUUGCUGUGUGUGCGUGUAUAUAAAUUAGUAUCAGUGCUGCGUAUUGUAGUAAUGAAUUCCACAUUGAUUUUAGUCCCCCCCCCCGCCCCCUUUCAGGAAGGUUUCUCCCAUUCCUCGAUCAUGUUAGUUAGCUUUUUCUGCAUCUUUUUUUUUUCUUUCUGAUCAGGCAAACAGGAACUAAAAUCUAUUGUGUCUAAAAAAUAAGUAUAAGAACAUAAGCAUAAGAACAUAAGCAAAGCCAUGUUGGAUCAGGCCAGUGGCCCAUCCAGUCCAACAUUCUGUCACACACAGUGGCUAGAAAUCCAGUGCCAUCUAAAGGACUGUCAGUGAG